AUGGACCAGCAAAAUUAUUCUAGGGUGGCUGAGUUUGUGUUGCUGGGACUCUGCAGUUCCUGGGAGCUCCAGUAUAUUUUCUUCAUGCUUUUCAACUUCUUAUACAUUGCCAUUGUACUAGGCAACCUCCUCAUUAUCUUUACAGUGAUUUCUGAACCUGCCUUGCAUACACCCAUGUACAUUAUGCUGAGUAACCUUUCUGUUCUUGACGUCUUUCUGGGCAGUUAUGCAACCCCUAAGAUGAUCCAUGAUUUUAUUCAUGAGCCCAAGAUCAUCUCCUUUGAGGGCUGCAUGGCCCAAAUAUUCUUGCUCCAUGUCUUUGCUGGUGGUGAGAUGGUGCUCCUUGUAGCCAUGGCAUAUGACAGGUAUGUAGCCAUAUGCAAACCUCUCCAUUAUGUAAUCAUCAUGAACUCAUGCAAGUGCACAGGCCUGGUGGUAGGCUCUUGGGUCAUUGGGGUUAUUCACUCCUUGAGCCAGUUGGCUUUCACUGUAAACUUGCCCUUCUGUGGCCCAAAUAUAGUAGACAGUUAUUAUUGUGAUCUUACUUUGGUCAUCAAACUUGCCUGCACAGAUACUUAUAUCCCUGAAGUGUUGAUGCUUUUGGAUAGUGGUCUUAUGGGAAUGACUUCAUUUUUGCUCUUGUUGAUCUCCUACACUGUCAUCCUGGUUACUGUGCGGCAACGUUCCUCAGCAGGUAUGGCCAAGGCCCGCAGCACUCUGACUGCCCAUAUCACUGUGGUAACACUCUUUUUUGGACCUUGUAUCUUCAUCUACGCCUGGCCUUUCAGCAACUUACCAGUGGAUAAAGUAUUUUCUGUGUUCUCUACGGUUUUCACGCCUAUAUUAAAUCCCCUUAUCUACACAUUGAGAAACAAAGAGAUGAAAUCAACAAUAUAUAAACUGAAGGUCCGGUAUGUAAGAUAA